UGACAGCACAUACAGCAUGAGGCUGGUGUGGAAAUCCCUGGACAAGAUGAGGUGUCUGAGGAAACGCUCCACUAUUCCCUUCCUCGGCUUCCUCAUCACCUUCCUCCUCUUCCUGAACCUCUAUAUUGAAGAUGGCUACGUGGUGGAAGGGGAUAAAAGACAGCUUAGGGUAACAUCAGUCCACCCUCCGAGCUCAGAACGAUACGUUCACACCUUCAGAGACCUCAGUAAUUUCUCUGGAACCAUUAAUGUCACGUAUCGUUAUCUCGCUGGAACCCCGCUGAACCGCAAAAAGUAUCUCACCAUUGGACUGUCAUCAGUCAAAAGAAAAAGAGGAAACUACCUUCUGGAGACCAUCAAAUCCAUCUUUGAUCAGUCCAGUUACGAGGAACUGAAAGAGAUUGUGGUUGUGGUCCACCUGGCAGACUUUGACCUGGUCUGGUGUGAGAACCUGGUGCAGGAAAUCACCAGGAAGUUUGCUCACCACAUCAUAGCGGGACGCCUCCUGGUGAUCCAGGCCCCAGAGGAGUACUAUCCAUCUUUGGACGGCUUGAAAAGGAACUACAACGACCCAGAGGACCGGGUCCGUUUCCGCUCUAAGCAGAACGUGGACUACGCUUUCCUCCUCAACUUCUGCACAAACCUCUCUCAUUUCUACAUGAUGUUAGAGGACGACGUGCGCUGCUCCAGGAACUUUCUGACGGCGCUAAAGAAGGUGAUCACCUCCAGAGAUGGUUCCUACUGGGUGAUGCUGGAGUUUUCCAAGCUGGGCUACAUCGGGAAGCUUUACCACUCCAAAGACCUGCCACGUCUGGCUCAUUUCCUCCUCAUGUUCUACCAGGAAAUGCCCUGCGACUGGCUCCUCAUCCACUUCAGGGGUCUGCUCGCUCAGAAGGACGUGAUCCGCUUCAAGCCCUCUCUGUUCCAGCACAUGGGCUAUUAUUCUUCUUACAAAGGAGCAGAGAACAAACUGAAGGAUGACGACUUUGAGGAAGACUCCAUAGACAUUCCCGACAACCCUCCUGCCAGCCUUUACACAAACAUCAAUGUCUUUGAGAACUAUGAUGCCACGAAGGCUUACAGCACUGUGGACGAAUACUUUUGGGGGAAGCCUCCUUCCACCGGAGACUUCUUUGUCAUCGUCUUUAAUAAAUCUACCAAAAUUAGUAAAAUUAAGAUUGCUACUGGUUCUGAUGACCGUCAGAAUGACAUUCUUCACCACGGUGCUCUGGAAGUGGGAGAGAAACUAGUUGGGACUAAAAAAGGGAAACUCUGUUCCUCUUAUAUCACAUUAGGAGAGUUUAAAAAUGGCAACAUUGAGGUUCAAGAUGUAGACCACAAAAUUGCCUUCAACAUUGAGUGUGUGCGCAUUGUGGUGACAGCCAGUCAAAAAGAAUGGCUCAUUAUUAGAAGUAUAAGUUUAUGGACUACACAACCCCCCAGUCAAUGAGGACUAUACAUAAAGACUCUUAGUAUGUCAUAGAGGCAAAUGUUUUUAUUAUCAUUAUUUACUAAUGUGUGUAUUUCCAGGUUUAUUUAUUCAUUUUGUAUGUAUUUAUUGAUACUCAUUUUGAUUGCCAAAUCAGUCUAUAGUUUUUUAUACCUGCAAGUUGUGACCUUAGUAGAGCAUCCUCCCAGUCAUUCUUAAGGACUGUUCAACUGACCUCAGAGUAUUCAUGUUUUCUGAAAUGUUCCAUAAACUUUUAUUUAUUUCAGCCUUUGAUUGCUAUCCUUAACAUAGGGUUGGGUGAUAAUUCAGUAUUAUGUUUUAACAGGAUAAGGCUUAUAACAUUAUAUACUUUUUUUAUUAUAUAAUAUUACUUAAACAAGUCCUAUUAAAAGACCAAGAUCAACAAUUAAUUGAUCCUACUAAUAACUGUUUCCAUGUUUGCCAAAGUCUGACAUAUCUUGUUCCUCAGUGCCAUAAAGCUCCACUGUUGUCCAAAACCUAUUAAAAUCAGUGAGCCAUACCAUUCCACUGGGUGGCAGGUUAUUUCAUUACUACAAACUGUAGUUCAUUUUCGAGUCAAUCCCUCAUACAUCUCAAAGCUACGCUGGCCUACUGCUUUAGGAAAUGAACAAGGCUAGAAAAUCGAACUAGAUAUUUGUGACCUGUUUUUAAAGAUUUACAUUUUCAGUAGGAAUGAAUGGGUUUGGACCUGACAGCUACAAACAGGUAGUGGGGAAGUCAGAAAGUACUAAGAGAUGGACUAACACAU